AUGUCAUUUAAAAAGUACGAAUACGUCGCACCGGUACCACCAACGGGUCUUAUCGGCUGCAAUAACUAUACUCUUAGCUUCACAGAACGUAAGUUCGUGAAUAUAGGUAUCGACCCGACAGACACGUUCCCCGUCAAAGUACAGAUAAUAACUCCGUCACGAUACGUUUACCAAACACCGGAUGUUCUAACGCAAAUAUUUUCACUGAUGGACGAAAUCCUAUCAAUCUUACUCGACACUGCGAAAUACAAAUUUCACUUAUUUCUGGAAACCGCAAUAUUCAAGCUAUCGCGGUGUGUGUACAAAAAAGAAAACGUACUCGCAUUAGAAUCAAAGACCGCUACCGGCUGCCGUAUCAUAUUAAAUAAACAGGAUUUAUUCGCGCUCCAAAAUUUGGAAUUGUGUAUUUUCGAGACGGUCGCACGGAAAACCGCCAUCAGUCGACCAUCUGUAUUAAAACAAUUCAGUCAGAUUGUUCGUUGUACUGAUGCAGAAAUAACCAAAAUGACAACACCACCAGCACAUAUUAACGGAAUACAAAUGUUUAUAGAAAGUCUUCCAGAAAAUCGUCUCCUUGCCGGAACAUGA